ACUGGCCAGAUGGACUCGACAGUUGCGCUGCUGAUACCGACUGGAGCCCGCGCGUCCGAUGGCAAUCUAUCCGUGGCUUUGCACGCGCUGAAGGAGGAGUGGGUACCUACGAGCGCCGAGGCUAACCUGCUGGCGGCGCUUCGCGCCAUGAGCGAGAAGAUGAUGGCCAACGAUGCGUAUAGUGGCCUCGACAUCUUCGCGACGCCAUUUGCGGUCAAGGCAAAAAAGGACUUCGGCGUCAAUUGCCUUAACCUGGCGCCUGUCACCGACACCAUCAAGGAGAGGGGCGCCACCGAGAAAUCCAGCGACAAGGCCAUCGACCUUGGCCAAGUGAUCGGUGGAUUGCCUGUCAGCUUCAGCCUGGUUCACCACGUGGUGGCGAACAAGCCAGACGGGAACUUCUGCGCGCCAUUUUGGGCCGCGCAGCCAGCCCCCAACAAGGUAAAGGGGAACAUGGAGUACAUCAACAAGACGCUCAACAUAACAAUCGAUCAGGACGACGAUCCGAUUGGCAAGGUUACUGUGACGAUACCUGUGAUGACCAACACCGUCGCUGUCAAGGCUGGCGACAUACUCCACCUCGUCAGGAAGCGUGGCCUGAAGAGGCGCGACAGCGGUGAGUCCGCGAGCGGUGCAAACGUGAGGAGCAAGAAAAAGUAG